GCUUAAAACGCCGACCUAACUGUGGGAAAUUAAGCAUCUGAGUCAAUAGCCUGUUUAAAGACACCGACAGGCAUUAUUUACUUAUCUUUGCUAAUUUGUUUUGUUAAGUGUUUGAUGUUCCACCUUUGUCAGCCGAAGAAAAUGCAGGUCUAUUUAUGCAGAUGUUUUGUCUCUCCCGCCCCUGUCUACACUCUACACCCUCCUGCCAUCAACACAGGGUUCAAAAAGGAAGGAAGGGAGCUUGCCACACAGGUCUCCAUUCGAGUUAAUGUUAAAUCCAUAGUUUGCCUGUGCCUAAAUGGCCAACUUCCUUCCAGCAUUAAAGCGGAGAGAUUCGGAAUACCGCUUUUUCUCUUUUUUUCUUUAUUAAUUUAUUUGUUUAAUAACCUGUAUUGGAAUCACUGAGUCAAUUUAAAUGGACAACAUCUGGUUGGAUGCCGGUGAUCCUUUCCUGCGUGAGAUGCAGACCUCGUGGAGAAACUCCUCGGGUUCUGUGCUGUCUUUUUCUCCGCGUGGGAAGCUGCUGAUGGAGGUGCUGAUGGUGCUCAUGUGUGUCGGCGCAGUGACGGGAAAUAUCCUGGUCAUCAUGAUUGUGGUGGCAACAAAGACAUUCCACUGUGUGACGUCUGUGCUCAUUAUUAAUUUGGCAAUCAGUGACUUCCUGGUUGGCAUUGGUGUCAUGCCAUUUGUGGCCGUUUCUAUCAUGAAUAAUGGAUGGGUGAACUGCACUGAUUUAUGUCUUUACGUGGGUUACACCUCCUCAGUCUACUGCAGUGCGUCAGUCCUAACGCUUGCAGCUAUUGCUUUGGAUCGCUAUUACUCCAUUGUGGACUGUCUGCGCUAUAAUUCACGCUGUACUGCAUGGCGAACUGGUGCAGCUGUACUAUGGAUCUGGUUGCAGGCCAUGCUCACCAGUUGUCCACCUCUCCUAGGGUGGAGCAACAUCAGCUUUGUGAACCCUAUGUAUAGCUGUGCUGUCAACUGGGCUAGCAGUCCUAGCUAUACAGUUUUCAUGGCAGCCCUCUGCUUUCUUCUUCCUGCCAUAGUCAUACUCUUUUGCUAUGUGAAGAUUGUACGAGUGGCCCAGCACCAUGCUCAAAGAAUCCACAGCCUUCAGCAGCACUUUCAGCACAGCAGGGGCCACCAUAUAUCUUCAUCAUUUGAAUCAUCCCACCAGUGUUCAGCCGUGGACCUGGAACUGCAUGACCCAUCCAGGCUUGUGUACUAUGUAAGUGGAAGGUUUGUAUCAGAAUCUCAAUUCAACGUUCCUCAUCCCAGUGGAGAUAUUACUGGCGAACCAACUUCACAACUUGAAGGGAAAAGCAGCUCUAUACUUUCUGGUCGACGUCUGCAUACUUUCCUUGCUCAUCUCCAGAGUGGUAACACACUGCAGAACAGUCAUUCCCAGCAACAUGGCGUUGUGAGACUUUUCAUGGUUAUUGCUGCCUUCUUCCUUUGCUGGACACCAUACAUUGGAGUUGCUCUGGUACAGGCCACUGAGACUGCCCUCUCCCGAUCAGUGAGCCAGGUGCCACCUGCUGCUGUCACUUUCUCAUACUGGCUUGUGCUGUUCAACUCCGACAUCAACCCAUUACUGUAUGCUCUACUCAGCAAGCGAUUCCAGGGUGCAUUGCAGAACCUCAGGAAGAAGAUCCAGGCCAGGUUGGGUAUGGUUCAAAGGGCUGAAGAGGGAAGAACAGAUGGAGAAAGGGGAAGGUUCUCUACUCCCAACAAUGUAAUAACCGGUGUCACCAAUCACCAUCACCAAGAAAAUGGACUGCAUCAAAAUGAGUCUGUGUACUCCUCUGUUUUCACAAUGAAUACAACUUUUCCCAAAAGCUAUAAGCAAGAGGCAAAUGAAGUCCUUCUGCCAGGAAGUAUGUUAUCAUCUUCCUUUUCUACUUCUUCCUCUUCUGUUUCCCUUUGUCACAAGUGCAGCAGAAAUACCCCAGGAAAGUCAGACUGCCUGCAGGUUCCCUCCAAGCCACAAGGGUGGGACAAACUACACAGUAGCUCUGUAAUCAAGGAGAGACAUGCAACAUUUUUUUAUAGCCAGAUAGCAGUACAAGUGGAACAAGAAAUUUGCUGAGCCUUCAUUUGACAGGUUUGACAACAAAAAAGCUGGAAAUGAACUUGCAUGAUACUAACUAUUAUAUUUUAGGGCUUACAAGUGAAUGCAUUGCAUUAGUGCUUCUGUUUUCAUUAAAUGAUAUUUGACUGUAAAUGAUUAAUUAUUUUAAUAGGUUUGUGAAAAUGAAACUGAAAAAGAAAAAAGAUUAUUCAUGUUAUUAGAGAAUAAUGAGAGAAAACAGAAAGUACAUUAUG